AUGUACAGCUUAGUUGCUAGGAUUCCAGAUGGUCUCUUUAAGCUGAAAACGUUACUGGAACAACACCCAGCUGCACAAGCUUUAGCUACAAUCGAGAAGUGUGGAGAAAGUGUAGUUAAUGAUCCUAAGGUUUAUGUCGAUACGAUAUUAGAAGUGCACAAGAAAUAUAAUGCUCUAGUUUUAGUGGUGUUUAGUAAUGACAGUGGCUUCGUUACUUUCCUAGACAAGGCUCACGGCAGAUUUAAUAAUGCCAACGCUGUCACUAAACAAGCUCAUUCAAGCAGUAGGUCUCCGGAACUACUUGCAAAAUACUGUGAUCUCUAA